AAAAAAAAACCACCACCCAACCCUGAGCGCGAGCGAAGCAGCGAGCCAGGGCUGAGGCGAGCGGGCGGGCUCGGGGCGCCGAGCAAGAGCCGAGCCCCCGAAAAUCCGCCUGCACCCCGACUAUGCUAAAUGUAACCGGGGAGCUCUCAGGUGACUCUUGGGGGAUCUUCACUUUCCUGUGCGCCGCGCUCUGCAACUUGCCGGCGCUGCCGGCGCUGAACUGCUCCGAGGAGCUGGGCGCCGGCCAGUCCAUCCAGCAGACCUACGACCUGACRCGCUACCUGGAGCACCAGCUCCGCACCCUCGCCGGCACCUACCUGAACUACCUGGGCCCCCCCUUCAAUGAGCCCGACUUCAACCCCCCGCGGCUGGCCCGAGCCGAGCGGGUGCCCAGCGCCACGGUGGACCUGGACCUGUGGMGGGGCCUGACGGACAACGCCCGCCUGGCCGCCAACUACCGGGCCUACAGCCGCCUGCUCUGCUACCUGCGUGUGCUGGACGGGCAGGUGGGCACGGCCGAGCUGCGCCACCGCCUCGCCCACUUCUGCGCCAGCCUGCAGGGGCUGGUGCUCAGCAUCGGCGGCGUCAUGUCCUCGCUGGGGUACCCGCUGCCCGCCGGCCCCGCCGGGCCCCCCGCGCCCCCCGGCGCGCACGCGGCCCCCAAUGACUUCCUGAAGAAGAUGGAUGAUUUCUGGCUGCUGAAGGAGCUGCAGACCUGGCUCUGGCGCUCAGCCAAGGACUUCAACCGUCUCAAGAAGAAGGUGCCGCCUGCCGUGGUCACCCUGCGGCUGGAGGCGAGGGGGUUCUGAGCGCCUGCUGGGCUCCUGAGCCCCAAGUGCCACCAAGGCCACCCAGGCCCCCUCUACCGGCACCAGCGUACCUUGAGAAAUGGGGCUUCUGACCCCAAAACCACCCCACAACCUCAUCACCUGGCAGUGCCUUGAAAGAUGGGGCUCCUGACAUCAAGCAUCACCACAGCCACCCUGCAGCCCCUCCAUCAUCAUCGUCAUCAUACUGUGCCUUGCAGGACAGCUCCUGACCCCAAGUGCCACCAUGACUACCCCAUGUCCCCUCUCCACCACUAGCGUGCCUUGAGAAAUAGGAUUUCUGACUCCCAAGUGCCACCAAAGCCACCUCACUUUCAUCACCGUGCCUUAAGGGAGGGGCUCCUGACCCUGUAUGCCACGUACCACAGCCAUGCCACAAGCCCUCUGUCACCACACUCUGCUGCAAGGAAUGGGUCUCCUGACACACAAGUGCCACCAAAGCCAUUCCACAUUCCCUCUCCACCACCAGUGUCCCUUCAAAACCGGGUCUUCUGGCCUCGGAGUGCUGCCAAAGCACGUUCUCAUCUGUGCCUUAAAGGGUGGAGUUCCUGAUCCCAAAGUGCCACCACAGUCA